AUGUCUUUCAUGGAAUCCAAUACAGAAAGGGAGAAAAUAACAUCUUUAUGCGCUACAAGGGGAUGUGACUUCCAUUUCAUUCCCCCUCGUUCACCACAUUUUGGUGGUCUAUGGGAAGCUGCGGUCAAAUCAUCGAAGCAUCUGCUACAGCACACUCUGGCAGGAGCAUCAUUGACGUACGAGGAGCUUGAAACCGCUGCAACUCAAGUUGAAGCUAUUUUAAACUCAAGGCCCUUAACUCCAUUGUCCGAUUCGCCAAAUGAUUUAACCGCUCUUACGCCUGGCCAUUUUCUCAUCGGAGAACCUCUCAUUAGCAAUGUAGAUCCCACAGCCACAGCAAAUGAUUCAAGGGUACUUACUCGAUGGAAUCUUGUAAUUCAUCUCAAAAAUGAGUUCUGGCGCCGAUGCGAUGGUCACGUGAUUACCUGA